AUGCCCAAUACAGCGAUACAGUUUUGGAAACAAUAUCUUGAAACGGCCGACCAGGAUAAAUCUAUCCAACCCGGUGAGGAAUUGUGUCCAAUGUCCAUUCUCAAGAAUCGAUAUAAACGACCUGGGAACGAAGGACAAUCUAUUGAACAACCCACGGUGAACCUUUAUUUCAGGGAAAAGGAAGCAGCCCCACUUGAAGAGGUAUAUAAUACAUAAUGAAAUACAUGUAUGCAGCCCCAAUUUCCAGUCACAGUAUUAAAAAUAAAAUCCGUACUUAUCUGUCUGUCACUUGAAAAAAUUCGCACUUGGAUUGACAGUAAUUACUGAUGGAAAAUGCUGGCUUGUCGUUAGGUAAUUGUACAGCAUAUACAAUCAUUCUGUGACUGUCAAGCAUUAAUAUAAAACAAUCAUUUUAUGAACUCAUAAAAAGGAUCGUUAUGACAACAAACAACCUAGCAAUGGAGUAUAAUAUUUCCCUUCAUAAUGCGGAAUAUAUAACACGGGCAAUAUGCAAAAAUAACUAUUUGUUAAUUUCUGGUUUUAGAUUUAUACAGGACGUUAUCUGCCUCAUGCUGCACGUGGAGUGACGCAAAGCGAUGACUACCUACACAAUCUGGCGCCAGGAGCAUUUGUUGCUGUCAACAUUGCUAAUUACAAGACUUUUCCUGUGAUUGGCAAAGUUUCUGAAGUAAGAGAGGACGAGAUUGAACUGGAAUAUUGGCAAGGAUCGUAUACAAAAUCAUGGCAACCCCACCUUCUAACAAGGAAUAAGGAAAAAAUACCGUGGAGCGAUACCUUGCCAAAGCGGUCUAUUAUU